AUGGAAAUCAGUUAUCUUAUAUACAGUUUAACCUAUUUCCUGUUCACGUUCCGUUUCUGCUCCUGCGACAAGAAUAACCCCAAUAUAGAUCGUUUACAACUUUCUGUGGAAUCUCCACGAUUAGAAAAAAGAAACUUCUCACCAAGUAACUUUAAUGGGGAAGUUGAAAUUACAGACAACGUCUACGAAAGACUUGUUUAUUUCAGUAAAGCUUCUGCCAUGACAGGUUGUAUUACCCGUGGGAACCUAUUAACGGGAAAAACAUUAGAUACAGGAUGUCCAAGACACAUUCAAUUCUGUCACGAUACUGAAGUAAAUCCAACAUUAUCGGAUACCUGGAUUGCAUCUGUAUUUCUAGCGGAAAAAGGGGAACUAGGAACAGGCUACGUUGCAAUUGAUCAUGAGAAAAAGGUUGUCAUCUGUGCGUUUAGAAGUUCUACUACUAGGGAAGAUUGGAUUAGUGAUUUUGAAAUUACACCUACCAAAUAUAAACCAAGUUGUUAUAAGGAAUAUAAGAAAUUAAUCAAAAAAGGGGUUAUUAAAGAAUGUACCGAUUGUUUCAUCCAUUAUGGAUUCUCCAAAUUUACAAAAACUCUUGGAAAGAAAUUUUUGCGAAUGAUUGAAAAUAUUUUGAAUGAAUACCCAGAAUAUAAGAUAGUGGUAACAGGCCAUUCCCUAGGCGCGGCCCUAGCUUCUAUUACAGGCAUUGAAUUGAAGCUUCGAGGAUUUGAACCGUUAGUGCUCACAUAUGCAACUCCAAGACUUUUCAAUUUACCAAUGAGAAAAUGGGUUGACGAAUUAUUCGAAACUGAACACCAGCAUGAUUUGAAUAUGCAAAAUAAGGAAAUAACAUUCGACAGAGGUUAUUAUCGAGUUAUCCAUAACGGCGACUAUAUUGCAAAGUUACCACCUUUUUACUAUCCUGCAGGCUUAGAAAUAUUUAUAGAAAAACUCAGUAUACCGCAUUUGAAGGGAGACAUAAGAUACAUUGGGCAAGUAGAAGCAGGUUUCUCAAAACCAGAUUUGGGUACAAACAAUAUAAGAGGGAAAGUAGAAGAAUGGUUGCACACAGAACAACACCGAACAUAUUUUAUAAACCUUGCAGGAUGCAAAGGGUUCUAA